UCUGGGUCCGGGUAGCGACAUCCCGACUGAUCCGGCGUUGCUCACUGCGUUGAUCAAAUCGCAUACGUUUUGCGGCUUUCCUCAUCCGCGUUGUCCACUGACCCUCCUCCCUCCCUCCCCCGCGCGACACGAUGGCUCGUAACCAAAAGCACGGCGGCAGUGGCGGCAGCCCCGUUGCGCCUAUAAACACCUCCGCGCGCUACACAGCGGUGUCGUUCUCGAUGCCCGACUCUGCCGCGACGAGUCCCGCGUCCUCGCGUGCGAGUUCGCCCAUGACGCCGACGUUCCCUGGAAUCAAUGGGACCAUGUAUGAGAAGAGUGAGGCGAAUGGCCAUGGGAAUGGGAAUGGGCCGAUGGAUGUCUAUGAUGCGACCCUCCCGCCGUGGCGCGCUGCCGUGCGCAGGAAGCUGGUGGAGAUGAUCAAGAGGGAGAGUGUUCUGCUGGCUAACAUGCAGGACCGUAUCAGAAGCCCUGCGCUGGACGCGUACUUUCUCCACACGUCUGCCCUGGGCAGCCACACGUUCUUCAUGAUGUUUCUCCCGAUGCUCUUCUUCUUCGGCUUUCCCGAGCUGGGACGAGGCCUUAUCGUCGUGCUGACGCUAGGCAUCUACAUCACCUCCGUUGCCAAGGACCUUUUCUGUGCGCCUCGGCCGUUUGCACCGCCCGUGACGCGUCUCACCAUCGGAACGCACCACCUCGAAUACGGCAUGCCUUCGACACACAGCACCAACUGCGUAUCCUUGGCGCUGUUCUUCUUUGCCUACAUCCAUGAGCUCGCCUUCCCGGCCACCCCCGAGCCUGCGCUCAUCUCGCUCUCCGCGUACACCGGCAUGACGAUCGGGCUCACGGUGUACAUGGUCUCAAUCGUCUUCGGGCGGCUGUACACCGCGAUGCACUCCUUCAUCGACUGCGCCGCGGGGGUUGCUAUCGGCGCAUUCAUCUGGCUCGCGCACACGUCGUUCCCGGGGAUCCCCGUGAGCCUGCCAUCAUCAGGGUUCUCGACAACGCUGCUGCGCGGCUGGGGGUGGGGCGCGUACCUCGACGAGUGGGUGCUGCAGACGCCGUCGUCGUGGAAGGUCCCGCUGACGCUGAUCCCGCUCGCGCUCCUGGCGGUCAACCAGCACCCGCAGCCUGUGGACGACUGUCCGUGUUUCGAGGACGCGAUUGCCGUAGGCAGCGUGAUGCUGGGGAUGUUUAUCGGGAAAUGGGGUGCCAUUCGGUGGGACUGGGGCGCCCACCGUGCUUCUGUCGGACUUAACGCCGUCAUGCCAGGUAGCGGAUGGGCGCUGGGCUCUGACGGCGUCUGGGACGUCGUCCCCCGCACCUGGGGCCACGUCGGCACAUGGUGGGCCGUCGCUGCGGCGAAAAUGACGUUCGGCAUUCUCUCGAUCUUCGUCUGGCGCCUUGUCGCGAAAGCGGUCUUCCUGCGUGUCCUGCCGCCGACGUUCCGGAUCGCCGCCCGUCUCAUGCGCCUGCCGAGGCGGCGGUUCUACACACCCGCGACGGACUAUGCGGGCUCGGCCCCGCCCCUCGACAAACUGCGCCCCAUCCCGUCCGUGAUCGAUCUCCCGAGCGAAACGGGUGUCGAAGUCGGUGGUAUCGGCAGCGGUAGCGGGAUCGGAAUCGGCGUUAACGGGGCGCGGGGACUGCGGCGCCGCGCGGAGGCGGUCGAAGCUGCGAGAAAUACGGUGGCGGUUCCAGGCAUGGCCCUCCCGGAAAACGAGGUGGACCGGGAGAAAAAGCAUUAUGAUGCUGAGGUGCUGACAAAGGUGAUCGUGUACGCGGGAAUUGCUAUAAUCGCGUGCGAGGUCAUGCCUGUGCUGUUCGAGAUGUUUGGCUGGGGAGUCAGGUCCUGGCCCUGAGCUGUAGUUAGAACAUACCAUUCAUUAUUUAUGCGCCGGAGUAUUGCUCUUAGCGCUCGGAAUUGAGGAUGUAACAAUCUCGUGGAUGUGAAUCUAGUUUGUUCGUGGGGCAGACUAAGG